AUGUCGUCCAAUUACUCAGCAAACCAGUAUGACAGUGCUUUCAAGUCGCAGAGGCUGCAGAACUGGUGUGAGACUAAGCACUACAAAGAGAGACCCACUGCCAAGGAAGGUCACACUACCUUCAUUGCUGAUGACAGAGGACAUCUGCUAACAGGAGUGGUAAAGGUGGGAGCAAUCAAACCUCCUUUUCUCUCUUCAUUAGAAGUUCUCUUUCUGUUAUGGUGAAUCCAUGUAUGACUCCACUCCCUUGAUUGUGUGUGUGUCUAUAUGAUGCUACAGAGGGGCAGUGCAUGGCCAGACUUUAAAGGGACCUGGGACUUACCAGCUCGUAUACCCGCCCACCGUAUCAACCCUACAAGUCGCUCUGUGGAGGGGCUCAACAGGCUGAAGUCCUGGGGUUUUGACCCACAGCACACUGGCAAGUCUCAGCCACACAGAGGCAGCAAAAGCACAGAUAUGCUGCAGGAUGGUGACCAGCAGACCGCUUGGAAUAUACAGCAGGAUGUUGUCGCCCCAUCCUCUGCAGCAGAAGCCCGACCAGCAUCUCAGAACCUCCCCUUCACUGGAGGUGAGAGAACUGCCAGCGAGUGCUCUGUGGCUGAAGAGAAGCCAGCUUUGGAGCCUGCUCCUGGAGAGAGAACCAAUAGUACGGCCAGUACUGGAAAGGGAGGACCAGUGAGCAAUGUGGUGGACAAAGUAGCCAGCCAAGGAGCGCAGUCAUCCUCUGAGCAAAGACACCAAGAUGCCGAACAGGACCAAUGAAUGUAUUCAUUCAAUGCUUAAUAGAUGAAAAAAAAAUACCUACAAAAAUAAAUGCCUA